UGGAUGUAUUGAGAAAUUGCGCCAUGGACGACUUUGACGUUGACACAGACUUGUGUAUUAACGAAAUGUAUAACUUUUAUUCCAACUUGGAAGAAGUCGCGGAUGACGUCUCAUUAGAUGAGGAAGUAUUAGAAGAAGAAGAUGAAGACCAAGAUAAUCUAGUCUCCAACUCAGAGACUUUGAAGGGUUUUGAGAGAUAUAGUCUGCGUAUGUUGUCAAAGACGGAUAGAGACUAUUUCCUUGCAAGAUUCUUUCCAGAAGACUUGCCUACGGUGCAGUCGUCGUUGCUUAGAAUUUACCGACAAGGUGAGGACACGGUAGAAGCGCGUCGAGAAGAACUUGCUGCGGAGCGAAAAUUUUUGAAAGAACAACAAACUUUUCUAGCUUGUCGUCGAGCUAGGAGACAAGCUUCCGAAGGAGUUGUAAAGCUGCCGCCAAGGUCUCGAAAGAGGUGGUGCAUCGAGUGUGGUUCCAAGCAAAAUUCUGGUGCUCAAGCUAACGAAGACAAUAAUGUGAAAAAGUUUUCGGGAAGUUUAGAAGGAGAAUCGUCUGCUACGUAUGCUUUAUUUAUUCUGGAUGAUGAGAGAAAUGAAGCAGACUUUGUAACUCUGGACAAAUACUGCCGUUAUCACUUUAGAUCUUUGCUCCCGGCGGAACGUACAAAUGAGCUGGAUGUGGAAGAAGCCGAACGUAAGAUACAAAGACAAAAUAGAGCAGAGCAAAAGGAGUGGGAACGGCUGCCGACCAAAGAUAAUCUUUCCAUAACGAAAGGUGAAGCUGUCCCUCUUGCUUCAGAAUCUGGAAGCUUAUUGAGUUAUUCUUCAAAAGCAAGUUUUGUGGAUACACCGCAAUCUUCUUCUUUGCAGAAUGACGGUGUUAUCCGUAAAAGUUUGAAAAGAACCAAAACCUCAGAAGAAAAUGAAGAUCUUGAUUAUGAAGUGACAUUUGAGGAUGACGAUGUUUCGCUUGGGGAAGAGGUAGAAGAAGUUCAAGAACAUGAAGAAGAGAGAGGAUUAUCAGAGGAUGAAUCAGAAGUUGGGCAGAAAGAAUUCUUGAAAGAUCGUUCUUCAGGUGUCUCUACCAAAAGUUCUCCGUAUCGCAAAAGAUCUCGUUUAGAAGAAGCUGCAUCCGUUGGAAGUGCUUCUCCUAGUGCCCUUUCAUCCUCGGACUCUGAUAAUGAAGAUAUGCCGAAUUUGUCACAUUCUGGCAAAGAAAUCAAACGAUUAUUGAAAAAAGAGAAAGUCGUGACAGACUCAGAGUCGAGUACGAAGAAACGUCGAGUUUUGAACAACAAUUCAUCCAAUGAGAAAAGUCCAGAGUUGGAAACAAUUGUUCGCGAUAUCCUUUGGGACUCGUGUUUGAAAAAGACUCCGCUUUCAUUGAGAGAGUUUACUUCUUUAGUGACCCAAAAAUGGCCCAACCUCCAGAAGAGUCGUAAAGCAUUAGAUCCUCAGCUAUUAGAAUUGAUCAAAAGCUAUACGGAACAACAGACAGAUGAUUCUGAAAGUCCGAACAAACAUAUCUUUAUGUAAAGGAAGAAGCUUUUGCGAUGGAUCAAUAAAAGGUUUGGAAUUCCC